ACGAUUUUAAUGCAUUGGUGAUUUUAAGCACUUAUUUUCGGGUAUCCUAAUCUGAAGAUGAAGAGAAGAGAACAGCUUGUUGUUUGUCAACAAAGCGAAAGAUAAUGAAAAGAUGGGGAAAUCGAUUGAACAUCCAAAUUUAGGGACUGAUUUUGAUGUUUGUAGAAAACUCUGGGGAUCUAAAAAUUAUGUGUCUAUUAACGUACCAGCACUGGAAAGUGGUAUCUCAAUUUUAGGUAAAAGAAAACUGGAUAAAAAUGGAGAGUUAGCUCAUUUGUUGAGGGCUGUCACAUGUCUCGAUUUAACAACACUCAAUGCUGAUGACACACCUAGCAAUGUUGAACGACUUUGUUACAAAGCAUUACAUCCAAUAAAACCUGAUUUGCUAUUGAACUUAGGAAUUGAGGCAAAAGAAUUUCAUACUGGGGCAGUAUGUGUUUACCCUGCAAGAAUAAAAGAUUGUGCAAAAACCUUUAAGUGCCUGAAUGCAGACAUUCCAAUUGCAUCGGUUGCUGCUGGAUUUCCAAGUGGGCAAUAUCACAUGGAAACUAGACUUUCCGAAAUCGAAUGUUGUGUUAGAGAUGGAGCUCGAGAAAUAGAUGUUGUUAUUAGUCGAGACUUGGUGUUACAAGGAGAUUGGGAAGAAUUGUAUGAACAGGUGAAACAAAUGAAAGAAGCUUGUGGUCCAGAGGCAUCCCUCAAAACAAUUAUUGCUGCAGGAGAAUUGGGUUCCUAUUCAAACAUUUAUAAAGCAAGUGUAGCUUGUAUGGCAGCUGGAGCUGAUUUUAUAAAAACUUCUACUGGUAAAGAAUCGGUGAAUGCCACUUUACCUAUUGGUUUCGUUAUGACCAGAGCCAUAAGAGAUUAUCUAUUUGAAACUGGAUAUGAGGUUGGCUUCAAGCCAGCUGGAGGAAUCCGUACUUCCAAAGAUGUACUUAUGUGGCAAUCAUUGAUGAAGAUGGAAUUAGGAAGAAAAUGGCUUUUUCCAGAUUUAUUUCGUAUUGGUGCCAGUAGUUUGUUAGGGGAUAUUGAACAAAGUCUAUAUCAAGCUGUAUAUGGUUGUUAUGCACCUAAGCAUAUAUUUCCUUUUUAAAUAAUAUAUUUUUAUUUAGUAUACCAAUCUUAAAGCCAUAUUCCUGCCAAAAAAUAUAUUUUUCUAUAAAUUUUAAGAUAAAUUAUAUUUAUGUUAAAAAAUAUUUCAAUAAAAAAUUGUUUAAAAUAAUAAUUACUGAGCCUACCUUUGCUUCUCACUUUUUAAUGUAUGAAUCUAUGCUGAGCACACUUUAAGGUGCAACUUAAUUAUUUUUGCACGUAUAAAUAACGUUUAAUUCUAAGUUGCAUAACCAAAAGAUACCACCCAUUUUUCAUGAUAUUUAGGAUGUUUAUGUUAUCACAGAAAAAGCUUUCUCCCAAUAAUCCAUUGUGAGCCAAUGGGGUCAUAGAGGUCAACACUCCCACAAUUUUGUAACCCCCAGUAUGAUGCUGACCUCAUUAAUGAGCACAGCAUUGUACACCGGCCAACUGUAAAUAAAUUUUUAGAUUUAAAAUAAAUUUUUUGAAUUCAUUCCAAAAA